AAGAAAGCCUUGAAGACUCUCGUAUCCACCAUCAAUGUGUGGUACGGUAAUUAUUUUUUUUUUUUACUUUUUAUUGUUUCUUGUACCGAGGGUAUAACUACAAAAGACAUCGUGUAAAAGAAUGUUUUUUAACUACUGUCAAGCAUUUCACUAUCCUGGCUAGAUAUGAAGUGGGGCAUCACUCACGUUACCGGCAGCAUGUACACGUGCUCAGUAUUGCACAGCUCUGUUUCACAGGCUGAAUUCUUGGCUGUGGAGAAGAUGGGAUUCUGCAGAUCUUCUCUCUUUCUGGCAGGCGUGUUCUGGUCGAGCUGCAGAGAGUCCAUUCCAUACGUGUCAGCCGGUGUUGUGUUUCUUGGGGCAUCCCCUCUACUUUCCCCCUCCUCCUCUUCCAACAGCACAGCUCUAAUCCUGUGUGGGAUAUCCAUGCCACCUACCACCACCCGACACACACCAUCACCGGCAGGACCCCCUUCUCAAAGUCCGGGAGCUAAGGAGGCGGGAGGCCACAGAAGUGCUCUUCACAUUUUAUUGAGAAACGGCUCCAGAACGCAGAUGCUGGUACACAGUCUAAAGUGUUGUGCCUUGGUGGCUUUCCUGGUCUGUAAGGAUAAAAAUGCCCUUAAAGUUCAGUCUCUUUCAGUAGCUUUUAAUGAGCUAACUGAAUUGUAUCUAAAUAUUGAGAUUGGUUCAGCUGAAAAUGACUUUCUUUGGUGAUCCCAUGAUUCUGCGGCAUCCAGCGCUAUCAUGCGGUUGACACUUUCAGAAUUUUAUAAAAUGUCUUGCUAACUGUCAAAUGAAUUGACAUUGAAUUUGAUAUGAAUAUCCAUGAUGCCCAGAGGAUCAGUUCUUGUGACUCAUUCAUGUUCAAGCAUGGACCCACGGACUGAAUGGUGCCUCCCUGAAUUUUUCACAUUAUAUCUGCCAAACAUCCACAUUUUAGCAUUGUUAUUGUCAACAUUAAUACAGUAAAGGCUUGUAGGUACGCAGUUUUGACAUGUAGGAUUUCACAUGGAAUUCAACCACAGUGAAUGCUGAUUUUUUUAAAACAUAGUUGAGUAUAUAUCAAAGUUCUUGACCAUUGAGGCAUAGUCAUCUUCAGAAGUCAUCCUUCCUCAAAAGUCGCUGCAGUUUCUGUGUAGAGGCUAACCUAAUUUUGGUGCAUCAACCAAAGACCUUGGCCCAAACCACACUGUUGUCGUGCUCACUACUGUAGGGUCAGCCUUUCGGUGGAAGAUGGAUGUGGUUGCAUUGUAUAGAUCACACCUAGAACCUUGUUGUGUAAACAGGACCUGGAAGUGCGGUUGGUAUUCUGAUCUGCCCCAUUGCGUUAUGAAGUGGGGUGGAGGGCAGGAGGGCUGAACAGGGUCUAUUGUAUGCCGAGGUGAAGGAGUCACUGGGGUAAAAAGGUUUGGGUUACUGGAAGGAGGUUCACCUUUGUGAAUGGAAAGGAAGGAGAGGAGGGCAGGGCAGAGCCAACCGCUGGGCAUAAGGGUUGAAUUGGAGUGGCCCACUCCACGGAUUAGGUGACCGCCGAACAGAGCUCAGCGGGUAUCCAGUCCAGGACCUUCUUUGUGAAGGUCAGGCUUGAUGGAUUCUCCAGAACUUGUGAUGCUGGAUACUUUGACCCUGUUCCCACACACUACCCUCCUGCUACACAGAAACUUUUGAUGCAUUUUCUGUCCCCUCCUCAUUGGAAGUCAUUUUAAAGCUGUUGUGAGAAAGAAUUUUAUUGUCUAUUAUGGAUGUUGAUCAGUGAGGCUUAAUGAUUCCUGGCUUCAAGGCACCUACCACUGGCAGUUCAAGCCACAUUGCUGCUCUCACUUCCAUUUCUAACAAAAGAGGAUAGUGCUAUUCGAAAUCAGUACCGCACUUGUUUAUCCACAAAGACAUGAUUUUUACUAUUUGGUUAUGAUUCCUCUUGCUGUUGGCUUUUCUCCAGAGAUCCAAACGCUCACAAGAACCCUUUGCUUGUAGAUGAGUUUUUACAUACUGCAGCAUCCUUGACAUCCCUUUGUCUCUUCAUUGAGUGGAGUUUUUGGUUUUGAUGUCUAUUGCUAAUCCUCUUGUCUCCACUUUGGUCAGGCUUUCAGCAUCAAAGGUUUUGUUGCAUCUGUUUGCAUCACCUCAGCCAGCAAACAGUCCAGUACCAGACAAUAAAGGCCUUUUGAGUACUUAUGUUCAUACUGAAAAAGUGCUAUAAAGUCAACUCAAAGAUAUCAGUGUGCUGACUGAAUUUGUUUGUUUUUUUUUCUUUUUUUCUUUUGAUGUUUUUACUGGUUUUAUGUUUGGUUAUGCUGCUAUUGGUGGACAUGUUACUGAUUCUUUAUGCAUCCAGCAGUCAGUAAGAUAGAUCAGCCCUGAUUUUGAGUUAUAUUUCUGGCUAAUAUUCAUUCUCCUUUUAAACUGCAUUUGUGUCUCCACUUCUCCAUCUUCGACAUUUCCCAAAACACAAACCCUAGAUCAGGAAGCUCGCCCGGCCCAGUGGGUCAUCCGUAGCUGUUGAUUUUUUUGUCCAUCUUUGUGUGACACUCUCUUUCACAGGUUGGUUAAGAGUAUGUUUCCAUUUACACAACAAGACGUGGGAGGUAUAAAAGAAGGCUCCACAGAAAGCUUUGGUGCUGCUUAAUGGGAGCUCAGGGCCUGCCCUCAGUCCCGGAGCCUUUCACACAUCUUGCUCCCCACCUCUCCAAUUACUUCCACUGUCCGCCUGCAACAAAGACCCAACUGACUGCCCUCUCCUUCCCAGAACCUAUCAGUGUGGAUCCACCUGAGAUUUCCCCUCGUUAUCUUUCCAGGAUCUAUGGAAAUUAAGUGUCUUGUAUAACUUUGUAAAUGAGGCUAUUCCUAAUUAAAAAAAAGGGGGUACACAGAGUAUCCAAAGUGACUCAUGUUAAUUCUGUAACUCUAUCUGCCACAGAGCUUGAAAAGCAAGGUUUCAGACUCUGAGUUUCUGGUUUUUGUUCAUAAAUGCCCCAGAGUGAGACUGUACUACUGUGGUGAGUUUUUGUGCUCAGGUGCCCUAAGCUUUAACUGUACUGAAUGAACCCUGGCAAAGUCUUAACUAGAAAUGAGGCCUAAUCCAAAGGCAGAGUCAAGCUAAUUUUACCCCUGCUGAGAAAAAUAAUUCAACUAAGGGGCCAAAUGCACUGUCCAUUUGUUUCCAGAAAUUAUUGACAAAUAUUUUAAAUGUUUUUUUCAGAUCCUCAUUGAAACACGAAUAAGACCCUAGUGUUCAAAUGUUCCAAAAAGAUAGAGACCCCACUGUUUCCUCCAAAUUUUCCACCGAAGACAUAUUUUAUCAUCAUUUGGCUCUUUGCAAUUCCCAAUGACAGAUCUUGCCCAAAAAGCUUGACACUCAUCCUGUGUGAAAGCCUCUCUUUGUACAAUACAUUCCUUUUCCUCUCCAUCUAAAGCAUUUCAGCGAACAGUAAUUCUCUUUGGUUUUUCCACUUGCCUCCAUCACUUCCAAAACUCUGACCUCCCUUCUUGCCACCUUACAUAUUGCCCUGUUUCCACUCCCUCUCUUCCUCAGAUUCCUAUGGUGUCCCUCCCCUCAACUUCCCUCUCCUCCCCACCUCCCCCUUUCCCCAAACACUGAUCUCAGAUUAAGUUGAACAGUAUCCCAGGUAAACUUUGCACCUGCUUCUUUAGGCAAAACUCCUUCCACAGCUUCAACAAAUUCUCUGUUGUUCUCCUCUACGGACAUCACCAUUUGAACACAUAUCUUUGGAUUGCUGUUGCUUCUGCUGGUAAUCCUGUGGCGCUGGAAUUGGACCAGAGUUGAUCUUCUAUCUGGACACUCAGUUCCUCUACGUACCUUCUUCUCUUUCUUCAUUUUAGCAACUGCCACCUCCACUGCCUCAUUUUACUCCCUCCAUCACCACCACCACCACUCUGGAUGGUCCUCUGCUGGAUGAGACACUGCUGUGUGGAAGUUGCCAGGUUAGACUAUUAAGGUGCUCGAUGUCCAUCUUUUGAAGGCAGAAUGGUCAGGCCAGGCUGUCCAGUCAUUCUGCUCCACCUCUUCAACAUCUUUGCUCAUGCGGGAGCUAGAAUUCAGGAUAUCAUGUAUCCGUAUGGACCCGGCCAUAGGGAUCUAGAGACUCCGAAGAUGGAUGAUGGGAGUUCUCCUGAAAUCACUUUGCUCAUUCAGUUUGUUUUCUUCAAUGUCCCCUACCGUUCCAUCUAUGUCAACAACAAUGGUGUGAUCUCCUUCAACGUGCAGGUCAGCCAGUUCACCCCAGAGGCCUUUCCCCUGAGUGACAGCAGGUCAUUCAUUGCUCCGCUUUGGGCUGAUGUGCACAACGGCAUCCGCGGAGAUGUGUACUACAGAGAGACCACUGAACCGGAAAUACUGGAAAGAGCAACACAAGAUGUUCGGAAGUACUUCAAAAACACGCCCACCUUCACGGCGGCCUGGGUCUUCAUUGCAACGUGGCAUCAAGUCACCUUCUACGGAGGAAGCCAGACAACCCCGGUGAACACAUUCCAAGCUGUACUAAUCUCAGACAGCGUGGCGUCCUUCUGUAUGUUCAACUAUGGUGAAAUCACAUGGAGCACAGGAACGGCCAGUGGCGGAGAUCCUUUAACAGGACUGGGUGGGACGACAGCUCAGUCAGGUUUUAAUGGUGGAGACAUCGGGCACUUCUUCAACCUGCCAGGAUCACGGUCAAAUGACGUAGUGAACAUUGAACAGACGACCAAUGUAAAUACCCCUGGGCGCUGGUUCUUCCGCGUGGACACUGAAGUGAUAGAUCCUGCCAACGGCUGCAGCUACAAUGGGCGCUAUUACAGACGAGGGGAAAUCUUCUGGCUGUCUGACCAGUGUUCCCAGCGAUGCCGCUGCCUCGACAUAGACAACGAAGUACAGUGCCAAGAAGCUCCAUGCGGGCAGCUGGAGACCUGCGAGCAGCAGGAGGGAGCUUUUUACUGCCAGCCGACUCGCACCAGCACUUGUGUGGUAUUUGGUGACCCCCAUUACCACACGUUCGAUGGCUUCCUCUAUCACUUCCAGGGAACCUGCUCCUACCUGCUGGCUCGGCCCUGCUGGGAGGUUGCUGGACAGCCCUUCUUCAGCGUGGAGGCCAAAAAUGAGAACCGUGGGGGUGCCUCAGUUUCUUGGCUUCGAGAUGUCACGGUGGAGGUGUAUGGUCACCGAGUCAUGUUACCCAAAGGGAGUUUUGGAACCAUCCAUGUGGAUGGCUUGAUGAAGACAUUACCGGUCCAGCUGCAGCUUGGUGCUGUUAGGGUAUAUCAGUCCGGGGUUGCCGUUGCUUUAGAAACAGACUUUGGACUCUUGGUGACUUAUGACGGUCAACACUACGCAUCCAUCUCCCUACCUAGCUCCUAUUUCAACAACACCUGUGGCCUUUGUGGGAACUAUAAUGAUGACCCCGCUGAUGAUCCUGUGCUUCCUGAUGGGUCUCUAGCAGAAAGCGUAGUGGAGUUGGGGGGCAGCUGGCGAGCAGAGGACACAGACUGGAGGUGUACAGAUGGCUGUGCCCAGAACUGCAGCAUGUGUGACCCUCUUACAGAAGCCUUCUACUUCCGCACAGACUACUGCGGGCUCAUCAACAAAACCGAUGGCCCUUUUAGGGACUGCAGAGCUGUGGUGGAUCCUACAGCCUUUGUGUAUAGUUGUGUAUAUGACAUGUGCAGCAACAGGGAUAAUAUCACCACACUCUGCCAGGCUAUCCAGGCUUAUGCUCUGGCCUGUCAGGCCCUUGGUGUCACCAUACGACCCUGGAGAUCUCGCACCUUCUGCGCUUUGUCAUGUCCAGAGUUCAGUCAUUACCAGGUGUGCACAAGUGCCUGCCCGGCUUCCUGCUCGGACCUCACUGCUCCCCUGUAUUGCGUUCACCCUUGCACUGAGGGCUGCCAGUGUGACGAAGGCUAUGUUCUCAGCGGCAGCCGUUGCGUACAGCGUGAAGACUGUGGCUGUGAGCAUAACAGCGUCUAUUACCCCCUAAAUAACACUUUCUGGGUAGGCCCUAGUGGCGAGGAAGGUGAAUGUACCCUCCGCUGCAACUGCGGACCUGCUGGAGAAGUCUCCUGUUUCAAUGAGUCCUGUAAGGAGGGUGAGGUGUGUGUGGCAGAAGUGGGCUUACUGGGUUGCUACCCUCGGAGGGAGGGAGUGUGCUCAGUCACCCAGAACUCGGUGACAUCCUCCUUUGAUGGCACCUUCCUGCUGUUCCCAGAUGACAGCUCCUACUACCUGCUGAAGCUGUGCGGUCCAGUGCCAGCUAACGGUUCAGUGGUGGAGGUGAAGAUGGGUAGGCGGCUGGUGAACAAAGGCCCCUCUUGGAAAAGACCUGUGGUGGUUACAGUUGCUAACCUGGAAGCUCAGAUAGGAGGGACAGAUUUUGAUACAGUAAAGGUGAAUGGUGAACAAGUGGGGCUCCCAUAUGUCCAUCCAAUGGAGACAAUGAUGAUCUACAGAGCACCAGGCAAUGCUACAGUGGUGGAGUCCCGUGGUUUGCUUCGUGUCCACUACAAUCGUCAGGGAUUCCUCAACAUCUCCCUCUCCACCCUCUUCUACAACGUUACUUGUGGUCUGUGUGGCGUCUUUAAUAGCAAUUCCACCGAUGACCUUCGGCUGCCGAAUGGACGCCUGGCGGAGUCCACUGAGCAGUUCACAGAGGGCUGGCGGUCAAUUGCUGACGACCUCACCUGCAAUGGCGACUGUGAUGACCUGUAUCGAAUGUGCACAGACUUACGUCUUUACCAGAGUCCUUGGAUGUGCGGCAACAUCAACGACCCGGGCAAUAGUUCAUUUCUGGCAUGUCAUGCAGUGGUCAACCCCUCACCGUUCUUCAGGAACUGCUUGUAUAACAUGUGUGUAAAGGAAGGGAAUCGUUCAGCAUUGUGCUCUUCACUGCAGGCUUAUGCCACCGCCUGUCAGGAUGCUCAAGUAGGUCUCACUUCCUGGAGGAGUGCCACCAACUGCCCUCUGCCAUGUCCAGAGAACAGUCAUUUCGAUGAGUGCACGACCGCCUGCCCUCUGACCUGUGCCAACUUGGAUGAACCUGAAGAGCCGUGCCCUCUGCCCUGCCAGGAGGGGUGUCAGUGCGAGCAAGGCUUUGCGCUGCGUGAUGGCCUGUGCGUCGCACGCAGUGAUUGUGGGUGCAUGAGCCACGGGCGCCAGCUGGCCACUAAUCAGACUUUCUGGACAGACUGGGAGUGCCAGGAGCGCUGCUACUGCAAUGGCUCUGACAACAGUGUAUACUGUCAGCUCGCACCUUGUCACCCUGAGGAGUACUGCCAGGAGAACGAUGGCCUAUACUUCUGCCAGCCGCGCACUGAAGCCCUGUGUGUGGCAGCCGGUUAUGGACAUUUUCUGCCAUUUGGUGGCGUGCCAUUUGAGCUGCAGAGCUCUUGUACUCUUAGGAUGACCACCACCUACUGUGGACGAGAGGGCAGCGACCCCACAACCGUCAGUGGAGCUUUUCCUCCGUUUAAAUUGGCUGCUCGUAAUGAGGAAAGGGACACAGGACAGGCAAUCUGGGUGAGGGGGUUUGCACUGGAGGUCUACGGGUAUGAGAUUGAAGUGUCUCGAAGUUACAAAAACACUGUCACGGUGAAUAAGGAGCGUUUGUACCUUCCCCUGAAGCUGGGCCCAGGGAAGAUCAACAUCUUUACCUUGGGCAUGCAGCUCAUUCUGGAGACAGAUUUUGGCCUGAAAGUGGCCUUUGACUGGAACACUCUCCUCCUAUUGACUUUGCCCCGUGACCUCUACAACACCUCUUGCGGCCUCUGCCAGGGUAUGCCCUUAACACCACCCGCACUUACCACGACUGAGUGGGGCAUGGCCUGGGCGGAGAGGGACACCUUCUGCCAGGUGGGCUGUGGAGACUCCUGCCCACGCUGUGGCCUGGGAGAGAAAAGCGUGGUAAAUGAUGCACCUCUCAUGAUAGCAGACUCCAACACGAACAUUGGUACCGACAGCGAAGCAGAUGCAGUCAACACGGGCAUACGUUUCCACAUUGGAGAUGGGCUUUAUGUGUUUGUGGAGCCUGAGGCAGUGAGACUAUGUGGGCUUAUUGUGGAUCGAGGGGGUGUGUUUGCACGCUGUCACAGUAAGGUGGCGCCAGCAUUCUUUUAUCAAAGCUGCCUGCAGGACACCUGUAUGGAUCAGGGAGCUCAGGACACAGUCUGUAACUGGCUGCAGAUCUAUGCCAGCACCUGUCAGACCCAAGGGGUGCCUGUUACCGGCUGGAGGAGUGACACACCGUGUGUCCAGAGCUGUCCACCUAACAGCCAUUACUCCAGCUGCGUGCCGGUCUGCCCGCCCCAGUGCGCCCCAGCCCGUGGCCAGAGGGACUGCAGCCAGGACUGCGUGGAGGGCUGCCAGUGCGACCAGGGCUACGUGCUCAAUGGCAAGAGCUGCAUCCUGCCUCAGAACUGUGGCUGCUACACUGACGGCAAGUACUAUGAGCCCAAGCAGCUGUUUUGGAACGGUGACUGUACCAAACGCUGCCAGUGCAUUGGCCGAAACCUGAUCCAGUGCGACCCGAGGCGCUGUAAGGCAGAGGAAGAGUGCACCCUACGGUACGGCGUGCGGGGCUGCUUUGCCCGGCGCUCACAGCACUGUGUGGCGUCUGGCGGUGGAGUUUUCAGGACUUUCGAUGGGGCAUCGCUGCGGUUUCCGGCCUCCUGCUCCUUCGUCUUGUCCACAAACUGUCACAAGCUACCUGACCUCUCCUUCCAACUCAUCGCCAACUUUGACAAAUGGAGCACACCCAACCUCACCACCAUCUCUCAUGUCUACCUUUAUAUCAAUGAGGAGAACAUACUCAUAUCUGGCAGCACUGUCAAGGUCAAUGGUACACCAGUAUCAGUACCGUUCCUAACUGGGCUGAUGACUCGUCUGUCCACAUCCGAGGGUUUCAUCGUCAUCGACACGCCUCAGGACAUCCAGGUUCGAUACAACCAGUUCAACACCCUCAGCAUCACCAUGGGCCAACGACUUCAGAACAAGGUGUGUGGCCUCUGUGGGAACUUCAACGGAGACCCCGGCGAUGACUACAUCACCUCCAGGGGCAAGCCAGCCGUCAGUGCCCUGGAGCUGGCCCAGAGCUGGAAGACCAACGGUAUGCAGAACAGUUGUGAUGAAACCCAGUACGUGGCCCUGGCUCAGUCCUGUGACAACACGGCGGUGGUGGCUCUGCAAGGUGAAGAUGCCUGUCUGAAGCUCACCCAGCUGAAGGGUUUCUUCCAGCCGUGCCACGGCCUGCUCGAUCCCCGACCCUUCUACCAGUCCUGCUACCUGGAUGGCUGCUAUAAUCACCGCAAGGCUCAGGUCUGUGGCUCGCUGGCAGCCUACGCAGAGGCCUGCCGCUCCAUGGGCACCCUCACCACCAAGUGGAUAAACCAGGAAAACUGCUCAGAAUGGAUCUACGACCCCUGUGCAGGAGAGAUCUGCACAAACUUCACCUGCGAGCUGGAGAACGGAGGUGACCUGUGCGGCUGUCCAGAGUUACCCACCAGCACUGGAGCAGAUGACGACAUUAUCCAGGCGGAGGUGACCUGUAAGCACGCUCAGAUGGAGGUCUCCAUCUCCAAGUGUAAGCUCUUCCAGCUGGGCUUUGAGCGAGAGGACGUCAGGAUCAACGACGAGCACUGCGCCGGCAUCGAGGGCGAGGACUUCAUCUCCUUCCACAUCAACAACACCAAGGGACACUGCGGCUCCAUCGUACAGUCGAACGGCACACACAUCAUGUAUAAGAACACAGUGUGGAUAGAAAGUGUGAACAACACCGGGAACGUCAUCACCAGAGACAGGACCAUCAACGUGGAGUUCUCCUGCGCCUACGAACUGGACCUGAAGAUCUCGCUGGAGACCGUCCUCAAGCCCAUGCUCAGUGUCAUAAACCUCACCUUACCGACCCAGGAAGGAAACUUCAUCACCAAGAUGGCUCUGUACAAGAACUCCUCGUACCGCCAUCCUUACAGGGAGGGCGAGGUGGUGCUCAGCACGCGAGACAUCCUCUUUGUUGGCGUCUUCGUGGAGGGGGCAGAUGAAAACCAGCUCAUCCUCAUUGUGAACAUGUGCUGGGCCACGCCGUCCCGCUACAGCAGCGACAGACUCCGUUAUGUCAUCAUAGAGAGAGGGUGUCCAAACAUUAAGGACAACACCAUCGGCAUGGCGGAGAACGGCGUGUCACUCACCUGCCGCUUCCAUGUCACCGUCUUCAAGUUCAUCGGGGAUUACGAUGAGGUCCACCUCCACUGCGACGUUUCCCUGUGCGACUCUGAAACCAGCACCUGCAAAGUGAACUGUCCACACAAGAGGAGGAUGUACUCGGAGGACGGCGACCAUAAGCAGCACAUAUUGAGUGUUGGACCCAUCAGACGGAGGGAGUCAGACUGGUGCGAGGAGGAAAACGGAGGCUGCGAGCAGAUCUGCACCAGUAAGCCGACUGGUCCGGUCUGCAGCUGCGUGACUGGGAUGCUGCAACGAGACGGGAAGAGCUGCCGGAGUAAAAACCCAACACACACACAAACAACAGCACACACAGGAGCACACACACAUGGCUUUCAGGUCAUCCUCCACGCUCCACCUCUGAAAAGUUUUGGUUUUAUUAAUUAGUUCAUAUAGUUUUGGUUUUUCAUGUGUACCAGAGAGAACACUGAACUACCUUCAGUCUUGUGCUUUAUCAUGACAAUUAAAUUAAAGUUGUACCUUGCACCAGUCCUAUUUUGAGAUAAUUUACAUAAUUAAUUUCACAGAGCAGGUUAAAAUAAUUCAAACCAUAGUUAACAUAGAAAGCAAUCAUAUAAUUCCAAAUAUGUCAUUUUUUUUAACAAAAGGGGAAUAGAUAAAUAGACAAACCUGUAAUUAUAUCAUAGUAUUGAGGUUUGACACACUUUAAAAGUUCCAGUGAGCGCCCUCUUCUGGACGUUAGCUGCCUGCACCUACAGAGUCUGUGGUUUUUUUACUGCUCCUAAAUAUUAAAACCAGGAGAACAAACACAAAUGCAGAAGCCAAAUGUUGUGCUUUUUGCUGCACUACACACAGCUUUAGUUUCUUUUCAGGUGACAGGUGGCCUUCCUGUCCAGUGAAACCAUGUAUUUGUUGAUUCUGAAUUUGAAUGUUUGUGAUGAAGUGAUCCUUUAUGAGUCGAGAAAAUUUUCCCACUUCUUAAACUAAAUAAACAAUUUAAAACCCCUUUUGGAUUAGGUCACACGUCACAAAGCUGAAAACACGGCUGCUUUUCUGACCUUAAAGUUCGCCUAUUGGAGACGUGUGGUUCUUCUCCAGACUCCUCCUCCUUGUGAAUUUCCACAGGGUGGUGUUAGUACAGGUCUGAGUUCUUCAUCCACCACAUAAAUGGAUAUGAAUUUUAAAAAAUACAUACAAAAACUUACAGGCAUGAAGACAGAAAAUCAAUAUAGAAAAUAUAUUCAUAGAUCAGCACACAGACAAAAAUGCAUGCAAACUCUGCUUUUAUCUACUGUUUUAUUAGCAUUUUUA